UCUCGAAUUCGAAAUAUCAUUUACUAAAUAUCUUACCUCUGGCAAGGCAACUUAUUUCGGAGCAGUAACGUAUCGUACAGAAUUGCAAGUAUGCAUAUCAAUAUUUUGGUAUUGGCGGCUAGUCUUUGCACUGUGGUGCUUGCGAAUUAUCCAUCGGAUGAUAAUAAAGAUGCUGUCGCCGACCAUCCAUCUGAUCCAAACCAGGCUGGUGUACCGGACGUUGCAUUGGAUGCAAGUCAGGCGGCUGUAGUCUCUGGCAUAGUCUCCAGUCUCUCUUCUCUCUCCACUGCCCUCGAUAUCCCUUCAUCCCUUGCCUCCGAACUUUCCAACAUUCCUACCUCGGCCUCAACCCUUGGAUACUCUCCAACAGGGGUUUCGCAGCUAGACGAACAACUUUCCGGUACCAAUAAGCCGGACUGGUAUACCUCACUGUCUCCAGACGCAAAGUCCUAUGUCGAUAAUGCUGUAAGCAUACUAGAUAGUGUAUACAGUCUCGAGAGUAUCUUAACCACUGCCACUGCUUGGCCCACUACAACUGUUGGAGUAGUAGGCGGCACGACAGCAACCCCGCUUAGUACUUGGGAGUCAACAUGGGCGAGUAGUACAAAGUUUGACGAUUGGGGGUCGUCCUGGACGAGUAGUACUGGGGGUGCCAGUUGGGACUCCUCAUGGGAAAGCAGUACCGGAACUGGCAGCUGGGACUCUUCAUGGGCGAGCAGUACCGGAGUCAAUGACUGGGAAUCAAUAUCGCCAAGCGGUCCAAGCUCUAAGGCUGGAGAGGCAGUGUUUGGAAGUAGUACUGGCACUAAGGAUAGCACGGCGGCGCAGACGACAGGACCGAUGCAGGUGACUACCUCGAAUGCGACGCCGAUUAUGUGCAAUUUGAGCCUAGGCUUCGCAUUAGCAGUGGCUGUAGGGAUGAUUUGCGCAAUGUAAAGGAAAUGAGUAGUAAUGUUGGGAUGAGUACACAUGUAAUGAGGAGAAGGCAACUUUAUUUUUCGUCUCUUGUUCUGUUAUUGGUUGAGGGGUCGGUAGCGAUGAAUAGGUGAGGAUGUAAUAGCGCGAAGCGAACGUUCUCUCUUUUUUGUUCUGUUCGUGCGUAUGAAAUGGCAUAGUUGAUUCAAUUUUGCUGCAGGAUAAUUAGGAGUCAAAGUCUGAAUUUCUUUAACAAUAAAUGAAAAGCUAAACACGAG